AAAGCCUCGCUCAAAACUCUUCGCUUUACACUCACACAUCUGAAGCGUUUCAGAAAAGAAUCCAAAAAACACCAAACCAAAGUUCACACAAUCCGCAUUUUCACUAACAUUUGACGCUCACAGCAAUGACUUGAGCAUCUCGCUUCUUAAAAAGCCGAGGAAUCAGAAGAAGAAAAGCAGUACCUUAAAGAAGAAGUCACAAAUGGAGUACUGUCUUGGGGCUCAAAAUUUUGCUGCAAUGACGGUGUCUUCUUGCUCUACAUGGCGGAUUCGAAGAAAAACAUUUAUAACCAAGCAGAAUCUUAUAAGGUACCAGUUCAGUUCCUUUAAAGUGAGAGCAAGUAGUGUAAAUGCAGGGAGAGAGAGUUGCGUAGCUGUGGAAGAAGAUUUUGCUGAUGAAGAAGAUUAUAUAAAGGCCGGAGGCUCCGAACUUGUUUUUGUACAAAUGCAACAAAAUAAGUCCAUGGAUAAACAGUCUAAAUUAGCAGAUAAGUUACCUCCAAUAUUGGUAGGUCAUGAUGUUUUGGAUUUGGUGGUGAUUGGUUGUGGCCCAGCUGGGCUUGCUCUGGCUGCAGAAUCAGCUAAGUUGGGAUUAAAUGUUGGACUUAUCGGUCCUGAUCUCCCUUUUACAAAUAAUUAUGGCGUUUGGGAAGAUGAAUUUAAAGAUCUUGGACUUGAAAGGUGCAUUGAGCAUGUUUGGCGUGAUACAAUUGUAUAUUUGGAUGAUGGUGAUCCCAUUUUGAUCGGUCGUGCUUAUGGACGAGUUAGUCGACAUUUGCUCCAUGAAGAACUGUUGAGGAGGUGUGUCGAGUCAGGUGUUUCAUAUCUUAGCUCAAAAGUGGAAAGGAUUACUGAAUCUGCAAGGGGUCAUCGUCUUGUAGCUUGUGAACAUGAUAUGGUUGUUCCCUGCAGGCUUGUCACUGUUGCUUCUGGGGCAGCUUCAGGGAAACUCUUGGAAUAUGAAGUGGGGGGUCCCAGAGUUUCUGUGCAAACAGCAUAUGGUGUGGAGGUUGAGGUGGAAAAUAAUCCAUAUGAUCCCAGCCUGAUGGUUUUCAUGGACUACAGAGAUAUCAAACCAGUUUCCUGUUCAGAAUUUGAAUACCCAACGUUCCUUUAUGCCAUGCCAGUGUCAUCAACAAGAGUUUUCUUUGAGGAAACUUGUUUGGCUGCAAAAGAUGGCAUACCUUUUGAUGUGUUAAAGAAAAAACUCAUGACCAGGCUAGACAAAAUGGGAAUCCGAGUUUUAAAAACUUAUGAAGAGGAAUGGUCUUAUAUUCCAGUUGGGGGUUCCCUACCAAAUACAGAACAAAAAAACCUUGCAUUUGGUGCUGCCGCUAGCAUGGUUCACCCAGCCACAGGGUAUUCAGUUGUGAGAUCACUGUCAGAGGCUCCAAAUUAUGCUUCUGCAAUUGCAAAUAUAUUGAAACAGGAUCAUUCCAGGGGUAGGCUUGCUCGUGAAAGAAGUACUGAGAAUAUAUCAAUGCAAGCUUGGAAUACUCUAUGGCCACUAGAAAGGAAGCGUCAGCGAGCAUUCUUUCUCUUUGGACUGGCACUCAUUUUGCAAUUUGAUAUUGAGGGCAUCAGGACAUUUUUCCAUUCUUUCUUCCGGUUACCCAAAUGGAUGUGGCAGGGAUUUCUCGGGUCUAGUCUUUCCUCAGCUGACCUCGUUCUAUUCGCCUUGUACAUGUUUGUUAUAGCUCCAAAUGAUAUGAGAAAGUGUCUUAUCAGACAUCUAAUGUCGGAUCCAACUGGGGCAAUUAUGAUUAGAACAUACCUCAUGAUAUAGUUACUAUCUCCUAUAUUUCAUCCCUUGUACGGUUCUAUAUCGGAUUGCUGGAAGGAGUGUGUACAUUUAUAUGUAUAUAUCAUACCCAACCAGGAUGAUGCAAUAAUUUGUGAUGCAAACCCCUCUUGUUAUGUCAAUAUAGUUAAGAUGCUAUUCUACCA